UAUGACGGUGAAAAUGUGGCCGCCUUGCAUCGCCUCCUCCUCCUUCCUCCCGCCAUCUUCAUCUGUCAGCUGAUCCGAGGUGGACGGCGUUCCGCGUGUCGGCCAAUUUCCUUGUAAUCCAGGACGACACAGACGGCCAUGGAUGGAAGCAAGAUGCUGGACUUUGUGGACCCUGGCGGCCAUGGGGAGGUGUCCGUGGGCGCUGGGCAAGGCCGAGGGCGAGGAGUACAGCACACUGGAUGAGGGGGACCAUGGAUGGUGCAGGGCUCUCAGGAGAUGGACAAGCAGGAACAGGGGACCAGAACUCACAGGUGUUCUUCAUUGAGUGUGUGAGUGCCGCUGUCGUCACCAUGAACACCUGCUCGGAGGCACCAAGACCCGUCAAGCCAGUCCGCCCUGCAAGACUGCCUGGUCAAGAUGGGGUCCAGCCUUGCACAGAACUGCUUGGCUGGCUGGCCAGUGCCACAAGUUGGUGGUGACAAAGUAAAGCCCUCCAUGACUGCUACAGCCUGAUGGAUGGAUCUCAUGGUAGGGUAUGAUGGGCUGAGAGAGAAGGAUGAUGAUGUAGCAAGGUGUGUGGUGACGUGGAGGGUGGCUGCCACACUCACUGCUCCAGCCACUCACAGCUGUACCUCAGGAGCCAGACACCAUCUGCUUCACUCCUGCCCAGACUUGGCCACUCACACCCAACAGCUGCUUCAUCUUAAGCCGCUGUACCUGUCCACAGCUGGUAGCCUGAGAGUGACUUAUCAGGGAACUUGUCACGGUGAUUUCCGCGUCCCAGCAUGACACAGAAGGAUGGCAUUUGGGCAAAAAGUCUGUCUUUCAGUAUUAACGGUGGUGGUGGACGGCAAACAUUGUGGAAGCAGUCCUCUGAGUCGUGGGGAGGACGCCGCCACAACAGACUGGGAUGACACUGCCGCCAGCACCUCCUCCUCUGCCCAGCCACCACCAGAGAGGCUUUACUCCAGAAGGCACUGGAGGUAUACAAGAACAUUGUUGCUGCUGCUGCUGCUGGAUACAUACAGUUAUUAACAAUACAAACCACUGGACCCACCACCCAUCGGCAAGUGUUCCAGGAGGCAAGAAGGAGUGACUCUACACCAUGGAACUUUGACAGACCUCCUCCUCCUGCCUUCAAGUCUGGCCAAGAUGUGUGACAAAGAAGAAGAAGCAGAAGAAGAAGACUCCGCUCACAAGGAAGAAAUUCUGUAGCCCUGCUGGACCUCAUUGGUGUAGGGCAUCAUUGAGAAGUACGGCCUGGCUCUGCAGUCUUCGGGAUUCUUCGCCGGCUACGACAUCAACAUCAACGCCGGCAUCGCUAACUCUGUGGCCACUCAAGCGCUCCAGUUCGUCGCCUCCAUGAUGCCGAACACAGUGGCUUAUUUUGAAGACGGUCAGAAGGUCAAGGAACGCCCCAUUGCCAGCACCUUCUACGCACCCUUCAACCUUUACAAGCGAGGCAAGUUCGACGAGGUCCUUGAGGGGAUGGUCAGCUCCCACGCCCAGAACGAGGACAUGGCCAUUUCCGAAGCCAUGACCAGCAAGAUGUUCGAGGACGCUAAGACUGGUGUUGGCCUGGACCUGGCGGCACAGAUCCUGCAGCAGGGGCGUGACCACGGCAUCGCUGGAUACAACCGCUGGAGGCACCUCUGCGGCCUCCCGAAAGCUGCCUCCUUCCAAGGCCUGAGUGACGUCACUGCCCCGGAAAACAUCAAGAAACUACAAGGGAUUUAUAAGCAUGUGGAUGAUGUGGAUCUCUUCACCGGUGGACUCGCGGAAAAGCCAAACUGUGGAGCGCUGGUCGGGCCCACGUUUGGCUGUUUGAUUGGUCGCCAGUUCCACCACCUGAGGCGAGGCGAUCGUUACUGGUAUGAGGACGACAUCCCGCCCUCCUCAUUCACUAAGGAACAACUUUACGAGCUCUGCAAGACCAGCCUGGGACGUGUGAUCUGCGACAGCAGCGACAAGCUCCAGCACGUCCAGCCCAAGGUCAUGCUGGAGGCUGAUUCCUUCCUGAAUGCCCCAAUGGCCUGCCAGGGGAAGCAUAUCAAGGGUGUGGACCUGAAGAAGUGGAAGACCGCCAGCCCCAACUUCAUCAUUCCCGACAAGAUGCUUCAGGAGAGCAUUGAGAGGGCCAGGCGCGACAUCACCAACAUGAGGGACUCCGAGUGGAACCUCUGGGAAGCACGGGGUCGGAAGCGCAGGGGAGUGAGGACUUGAAGUUGAGUCCGAGGGUUAUGCGGGAGGCCGAGGAGCUUCUGACGGAUUGCUUUAGCGCGGGUGUCAAGGCUUGGGGGAUUAUGAGGCAACACGAACGGCAGCUGUGGCAGAAACGUCAGGCAGCAUAAGGGCACGAAAAACACGCGCAGCUGACCGCCAGCUGAAGGACUACUGAAUCCGGGUCACCAAGCAACGUCCUCGACCUGAUGGAAGUGUUGGCAAACAUUGACGUGAGCGACAUCAUGGAAAUCCCCAGUGUGUUUGAGUGUGACGACCAGACCUGCCUUGCGACCAUACACCACGAUUCCGUACGGCGACAGGAUGGUGCAAUAACCUGAAUUUCCCGUCCUUCGGCAAGUCAUUCCGGGCCAAGAGUCGUCUGUUGAGGCCCUCCUAUGAAGGUGGGCUAUCAAAACCCUGAGCUACGUCAAUCACAGGUCAGCCGCUUCCCUCCCCUCGGCUAAUCUCUACGAACAUGCACAACGAUGUCUCGGCUCCUCAUGUUCGCUACACCCUCAUGGUCAUGCAAUGGGGGCAGCUUAUCGACCAUGACAUCAUCUUCACGCCCAUCAACAAAGGUUACCGAGAGCAGUUUAACCAGGUCACUGCAGUUGUGG